AUGGCCAGGAUACCCUCUCUUCUCCUUCCUCCCCUCCUUCUCCUAGUCGCGCAAACAACCGGCCUGAGCACAGUCAACCUGGGAGCUGUCGAGGCCAAACCGAUCGAUCGGCAAUUGAUUAGCUUGUCUAUCGACGGACCACAGCGUGUUCAGGACAAUCUCACAGAGACUAUGUACAAUAUCUUUGAGCCCGGCAAUGCCGAGGCCGUCAAUACGACGUACAGCAAGCGCCUGUUCCAAGUGCUGGCGCAGAACUCGGGGCCGGAGCAGACGUAUAUCUUUGGGCUGAAUCUGGGGUCUAGUCUGUCUUUCCUCUUAACUCCAGCAUUUAAUUUCAAGACUAAACAUUUUAUUGAAAUCACCGCUGCAGCAACGUACCUCAACCAGUCGCGCAUCCUGGCAUACGAGGUCGGCAACGAGCCUAACCUGUACACCUACACUGGACUGCGCAACGCGAGCUGGAACGUCCUGGAAUAUGCAGACGAAAUCCUCGACUGGAUGCCCCGGUUGAGAGAGGCGGCUGGCGGCCAACGCUUCCCCGGGUAUCAAUUCGGCACCAUCGCUGAGCCGCCCAGCGCGUUUGGCGACUUCACGCAGGUGCAGCUGGCGGUCAUGGGCGUGCCGCAGGCGAUCGGCAGCAAUGUCUGCACUACCCAGCAAGCCGCCGCCGUGACAAUCGACUACUACCUCAACCACCUCAACACAGUGACCUACUUCGCCAACUGGGUGGACGAGAUCGCCGCGGCCGAGUCUCUCGGCCUGCCCUUCCACAUGGGCGAGACCGGCACGGCGGGCUGCCACGGUAAGGACGGGGUGUCGAACACGCUGGGCGCGCUGCUACGGGAGAUCGACUACGCGCUGUACGCGACGACGCUCGGGAUGCGGCGUCUCUUCUUCCACAAUGGCGGGGGUGGAGUCUUCUACUACUCCAUGUGGGAGCCCGUGGCGCUGAAUGCGUCGAGUCCGGCGCAUGUCAAUCCGACAUACUACAGCAUGCUCUUCCUCGCAGACCUCACCUCCGACCUCCCCACCCCUCGAGUUCACCGCCUCCGCCACCUAGACACCUACGACCUAGCGCACUACGCCAUCUACAACGAUCAAACCUUCACCAAGCUCGUCAUCCUCAACACGCACCUCUACAACGACACCAGAAGCACCGCUGCUGCUUCCCGACCCGAGAAAUUCGUCAACGUGUCUCCCGUUCUCGGCCAGCGGGUGCAGAUCCGGCGGCUGACGGGGCCGAGCUCGGUUGCAAAAACGGGUGUCACGUGGAAGGGCCAGGAGGAGGUCGUGGAGAGGGUCGCGGAUGGGGUUGUUAGAGUGGCGGCUUCGGAGGGUGUUGUUGUUCAAGUUGACAGGACGUCAUGGGCCAUGGAAGCCUUGGUUCAUUCAUAA